GUAUGUCCACCACUUGUAGUCAGAUGAACUAAGAAAAACACACACCUUACUUUUAUGUGUGAUUUUUGCACUUUUCUUUUACAGGUCUGGUUCUCCUGGUGCACCUCCAGCUGGGUGCAUCUACCAAUAUUGUAUGCUACUUCACCAACUGGAGCCAGUACAGACCUGGAAUUGCACGCUACAUGCCUGAAGAUCUUGACCCAUGCCUAUGUACUCAUGUGAUCUAUGCUUUUGCUGGCAUGACUAACAACCAGAUCCAGACGACUGAGUGGAAUGACGUGGCUCUCUAUGCUGGGAUCAAUGGACUCAAAACCUACAAUCCUGACCUGAAAACUUUGCUGUCUGUUGGAGGUUGGAACUUUGGUACCCAAAAGUUUUCUGACAUGGUUUCCUCUGCCCAAAACCGCCAGACCUUUAUUCAGUCUGCUAUCUCCUUCUUACGCAAGUAUGAUUUUGAUGGGUUGGACAUUGACUGGGAAUAUCCUGGCAACAGAGGCAGCCCUGCUGAUACCAAUCAACUUUUCACAGUCUUGCUUAAGGAAAUGUAUGAAGCUUUUGAGCAGGAGGCUUCUCAGGUCAACAAACCCAGACUGCUGAUCUCUGCUGCUGUGUCUGCUGGAGUGGGCACCAUCGAAACAGCUUACCAGAUCCCACAAAUGUCUAAGUACAUGGACCUGAUCAAUGUGAUGACCUAUGACCUCAGAGGAUCCUGGGAAGGUUUCACGGGUGAGAACAGCCCUCUGUUUGCAGGGCCUGAAGACCAAGGCUCUUAUAUUUACUUUAAUGUGGACUAUGCUAUGAACUACUGGAAGAAGAAUGGUGCACCAGCUGAGAAGCUGAUGGUGGGCUUUGGAGCCUACGCUCGUACCUUCACCCUCACCAACCCCUCGAACCAUGGUCUGGAUGCUCCAACCUCUGGGCCAGGAAAAGCUGGAGCCUACACCCAAGAAGCUGGGACACUGGCAUAUUUUGAGGUCUGUACCUUCCUGAAGAAUGGUGCCACUGUCGUAUGGAACGCACCCCAGGAAGUGCCUUAUGCCUAUAAUGGAAAUCAAUGGAUUGGCUAUGACAACCCUAAGAGUUUUGCCAUCAAGGCUAAGUGGCUGUUGGAGAACAACUUUGGAGGAGCUAUGGUAUGGGCUAUUGAUCUGGAUGACUUCACUGGCACAUUCUGUGGGGAAGGCAAAUACCCUCUAAUGAAUGCCCUGAAAUCUGCACUGGGAGUCACCACACCAAACUGCAAGGUGCCAGCAACAACCCUCGGCACCAAUGCCAACCAGCCUGCAACUGCAGCCCCAUCUUCUGGUGGCAGUGGAAGUUCUGGCGGUAGCAAAGGCAACUUCUGCAGUGGGAAAGCCAAUGGCCUCUACCCAGAUCCCUCCCACAGUAAUGGAUUUUUUCAUUGUGUGAACGGGCGGACCUACUACCAGAAUUGCCAGACUGGCCUUGUUUUUGACUCCAGCUGUUCCUGCUGCAAUUGGCCAUGAGGACUGCAGCCACCACAUACACCUGCUCUUCGCUGAUAUA